AUGAGUACCUCAACCUCAACCUCAAAGUCAAUCAAGUCUAUAAGCACCGAAAUUGAGGAGAUUGAUAAUGUCUCCCCAAUUCAACCACAUUCUACUACUAUCUCGCGCAUUAAGCAACAUCUGAGACAAACCAAGAAAAAAUGGGGACCCCUAAUGGCAGCCAAGGAGUUCUGGGAUGACGAGUAUAACUUCCCUCCCGGCAGAUAUGCAGGUCAGGAUGACCGGAAGUUGAUCUAA